AUGACGGCAGCGCUGUAUGUGCAGGCGCUCCGCCACGGCUGCUGCCAGGUGCUGCGCCUGAGGCUACCGCCCUGGCAGAAGCUGCUGCUCAUUGGCCUGAAGGCAGUGGCCAUCACCGGAUACUUCGUGGGCAAGCUGCGCAGCUGGAGCAGGGCGUCCAAUGGCAGCAUGCGCGAGGCGCGCCCGCGCCGCCCGCUCCCCAGCUUCCUGUGCAGUGGCGGCCCAGCAGGCGGCGCAGUCGUGGUGGUCCCCGCCUGCAUAGCGGGGCGUCACCAGGCAGCACGGCUGCAGCGGCUGGUGCAUGGGGUGCUGUUUGGGCAGCAAGAAGCCCCGGCGGCGGUGGUUGUUGUCGACGACUGCAGCCCUGUGCAGGUGGCAGACUUGCUGGCAGAGGUGCAAGGCGCAGCCCCAAUCGGCCACCAACCACUGCUGGCCGUCCACCGCCUGCCCACCAACCAGGGCCUUGCUGCCGCCUGCAACGUUGGGCUGCAGCUGGCGGCCGGGAUGGGCGCUGGGGUGGUGCUGUUCACUGAUGACGACUGCCAGCCAGAUGCAGACUGGGUGGCAUGCAUGCUGGCUGCCCAGGCGCGCACACCGGGGCUGGUGUGCGGCCGCACGGCGGCCACCCGCCCCGGCACUGCCGUGGGGCUGUUCCACGAUGUGUUUGGCACGCUCAACGGCCGGCUGCUGCCCGAUGGCAGCCUGCUAUAUGGCUGCACCUGCAACCUGUCGGCGGCGCUGCCCGCCCUCCAGGCCGCCGCCGGCAGCGGCGCCCCGGCAGCAGGGCCCUUCCCAGCGCCCGCCUGCGGCAGCAGUGGCUUGCUGCUCUUUGACGAGAGCUUCUCCAUUGCCGCUUUCGAGAACGUUGAGUAUUGCGUGAGGGCCAGGAAGGCUGGCAUCGCCAUCAGCUAUGCACCGGAGGCGCUGGUCCUGCACGACUAUGCCUACACCCCAGCGGCUCUGUUCCGCCAGUUUGCCAAGCAUGGCAGCCAGGAGGGGCUGAUGGCGCUCAAGCACCGAGAGUACCCCGCCUUGCUGGCCGCCUCCCGGGACGUGCCCGCCGUGGCGGCUGGAGCCUGCAGCUGA